UUUAAACAUAGCUGUUUAAACGCAUGCCAUCUGCGAAAAAUAUGAAGACAGUGCGGUUCGAGGAGAGUAGCAGCAACAGCAGCGAGAAGUCUUCCAGACAUGCGCAAGGGUGGAUGUAUGCUCAAGGAGAACAAGGGGAAGCGGAUAGCAUGUACUCAUAUAGUGAGAGACCAAGGAGUGAAGAUUCCGGUGAAACAGUGCGACUGUCGAAGAUGUCGCAAGUCGAUCUGAAUGUGGGAUUUUCGGGUAGUUAUGCAACGGAGCUAAUGAAGUUGGCAGCUCAAGCUGGAUAUCGUCGAGAAAAAGAGGAAAUUCAGCGAAGUUGGGAAGUUGUCCGCCGCAGUCGUAUGUGGCACAAAUCGAUGGAACUCACAUCAGGGGCAGCGCGUGUGCGACCAGUGGUGCCGCUGCCGCCUGUAGUGCGAAACGUCCUUCAUGAGCUGCAACUGGUCUGGUUGGGUUUGCAACUGAUCACUCUAAUGUGGUUGUGCGCCAAAUUGGACUUCAGAUGUCGCCUACAUGAUCCGAUUCCAGGAUUGCCGUCGUACAUGGGAAGCCGGAUGCCUUGGAUUCCGGCACAAUACAGUAUGCACCUUCGGCUUGGGACCAUUUUGAUUUUCAUCGGCUGUGUAUAUCUGCCAUGCUCGAUGGCGCACUUCGUCUAUGUGCUAGACGACUUAUUAGAUGAAACACCACUCCAGCUGGCCCGCAAAGUGGAAUUCGCACAUCGGCGAAAGGAGUCUGUCCAGGAAUCAAGACGUUGGUCGCUGGACCCAAGAUUCGACCAGUUUCGUAGACCGCGAAGACGUCAAUGGGCGACGACCAUAAUGCUUGUGCUGUCAACCAUGAUCUGUUUGUGGAUCGUCGGACUACUUGUCAGUGAUUACAAUCAAUCGGUACAGACAAAGCGAUGGCAUCGGGAUGUAUUCAAAUGGCUGAGUAAAAUGCAGCGCAGAUACUUCGCAAAUAACACUAACGCAACGAAGGAAGACAAUCCAAGAACUAUUCUGGACACGAUACACGCCUUGCUCCAAUGCUGCGGAGCAAAUGGUUACGAAGAGUGGAAAAGGGAGCACAUUGUACAACCAGAAGAGGAGCACCUAACAUCCGAAAUAGACAGCAAGGAACAACAAAAACGAGGAAAUCAAUCGGAACGUUCAAUCACUCCAGUGAUACCAUUCAGCUGUUGCCGAUGGAAUAAUGGUUCGACGUGCGAUCACAUCAAUGGUGGACACAGUGAACAUUUGUACACACGAGGAUGCACCAACCUCAUUGUGAAUCAGCUACUGCUUCCGUGGAUGAGAACAGUAACCCAUGGCCUGGUCCCACUUGGGAUACUCAUGUUGCCCCAAAUGCUGCUCUACAUGAGUAUUUUUCAGCCGCUUGAGGCAAUCAAACAAUUUGCGAGGACAACGGCAGAGUUGCGGUUCCGUUUGACCUACUGGAAGGAACUGGACAGAAAGACUAGAGCUCAAGCCAGGGAGGCGUCGAAAAGACAGAAUAAGCUAAAACAGCUCCAAGAAGAGAGGGACGACAUGGGGGAGAGAAGACACGUCCCAGCGGGGCCCGGAGACAUUGGAGACGAAACCGUAGUGCCAAGCACAAGAAGAAAAUUGAGCAACCACCCGGCACUCAAACCGAGCCCUGUAUCUAGCGCAAGGAAGUCAAUGAGUUCACAAAAAUCAAGUUCCAGUUCAUGGAGCCUGAAACCUAGGCACCCAAGUGAUAACGCAGAGAUGGAUGGUGCACAAAGACCAGUGAUUGCAAAAGAGGCUACGUCAUCUAGUUCCGAAAGCAUUCAACAAAAGAGGUGAAGGAGAGCAACGUUUGUGGACCCAAGGCACUUUGUACAUAUUGAGUAUUGAAUCCAUACACUCUAAACAUGUUCUGAUCGUAG